AUGCCCCUGGAUACAGUUCUGUGCCUGGAUACCUCGGGCUCCAUGGGCUCUAACAAUAAUGAAGGUAUAAACCAGCUCAAGGCUGCAGCCUCGAAGUUUCUUGAUGGAGUGGAAGACACUGCAAGACAAGCGGGUUUACAGGUAACCAGUUGCUUUCUUGUUUUUAAAUGGAGAAACGGUUGUAGCCCUAAACGAAUUAUUUUUCUCACUGCCAAAGAUAUCGAUUGACAUUUUGUUCCUUUGUUUUUUAAUUAACUGUUGAUUUCGUUCUUAUGAUUUGACUUUGUUACUGUACUGCAUCAACUUAACCAAAAGAAAAUUCGCGAUAUGACGAAAUUUAAAUUGCACAAAAAUUUCCAUAUUUAGUGCAUAUCGAAGAAGAGAGUCAAACUGUGCCAGGAGAGAUAUCUGGUUUUUGCAAUGAUGGCAAUUAGAUCUAGGCAAGUCUUGAACGUUUACGUGCAUCAACUUUUCAAUACAUUUUUGCGGGUGCCUAGUCUAGUUCAGUAAUACAAAGUCAGUCUUCUUGUUUUUUUUAUUUUGGGAUAAAUUGAAUGAAAGCUUCAAUUUCCAUGACUUUGUAAAAGCACCAUUUGUGGUCGGGCGAUCUUGUGAAUAAUUGUUGUUUACAGCUAGAUCAUCAAUUUCUCAGAAAGCAGCUCCUUCCGGCCUUAAUCGGAAAUGACUUGUUUACGAUGUUUAUCAAGAAGCCGAGGUCCAAUCAAUCCAUUUUUACGACAAAAUAUAAUUGUAGAAAUUUCUGUGCGCUCAUUGGUCAAAAAAAGUCCUCAAUAAGAGUUUUAAAAGAUAUCUAGAAUUCCUCGGGCACUCCUUGACUGAGAGCUAUUGUUAAGACAAGACAAGACAAGACAAGAUUUUAUCAUAAAUUUUCUAAAGAAUAUUUUUUCAAGUGUCCUGGCACCGCAAAUAGGUGUAGUUAGUCUAGGCGGGCCAAGAAUAAUACGAAAAGAAAAUAACUGCAAUUAAAUUAAGGUAAAAAAAAGUAGAAAGCGAGAGAGAUUCAUCAGUUUUCAAAUAAAUAUGUAGCAGUUAACUAAUUGCAAAAAUUAUAAUCUUACGAAGAAAAACAUAUGAAAAAGAUGCAUUUAAAACUCUAAGGAGGAAAAGAAAACAAAACAUUAGCUCGCUGUUUUUAUAGGCAGGAUUACAAAACAAUUGGUUCUGCUUUCUUCGUUGUUAAAGAACGUGCCUGAUGCUAAUCAAUUUUGUUUUUCUCUGCUACGCGCGCGCGCGCGUGAUUUUCCAAGAAACGUCCCCUUAACUAUAAGUUCAAAGAUUAUUCACUUGAGGCGUAGUAAUAAUAAUAUAAUAAUAAUACUUAUAUAGCGCCGAUAUCAAUAUUGCUAUUUUCAUCAGCGCUUAAAAAUAAAAAUAUUAAAAAAAAUAAAAAUACAAAAAAAUAAAAUAAUAAUAAUAAUAAUAAGUGCAUAAAGUAUACAUGCAAAAAGUGCAUGAGCCUACCAAAAAGAGUAAAACAAUUAUGUAAACACUAAAACUAUAAAAUUACCUAGACUACUUAAGUCGUAAAAAACUGCAUAAAACCUACUAAAAACGAGAUUAAAAAGCACAUAAAAUCACAAAAAAGCCUUCUGAAAUAAAAAUGUCUUGAGUGUGUUUUUAAAAGAUGCUACUGAGCGGCUACUCCUAAUUGAAUAGGGCAAACUAAUAAUAAUAAUAAUACUUAUAUAGUAGUGAAAUCCUUUACAGGAAAUCGACACGAACCGUACCAUUAAUGCAGUGGUUGCGGGGGAGGGGGCGGGGGGUGGUGAUGUGGAGGUAAAGGUUAUAUUUGCACUACCGAACGUCCUUAAUUUUUCAAAUUCCAUUUCAUUAAUCGGUGAAUUCCACUUAACUGGACCGUCUUUCGUAUUAUACCUCUGCAUAGUUAAUUGAAUUUUAUUUUUAUAAAUUUUAUUUCAUUUGAACAGGAGAAUGUCGCCAUCGUGGAAUUUGGAGCAAGGACGCACGUUUUGCACAGCCUGUCAACAGAUUACCCCAGCAUUCGUAGAAAAAUUGGUAAGUCUUCUGAAUUUAUGUUUGUACGUGUUAAUAUAUUGGUAAACGUGCUACAUUCUUUCCCGUGCUCGAGGUUAUUUUAUGUUACGUAUAGUGUAUUUUCGGUUGGAUGCUGCUAAAUGUAUUUCGGAAAGUGGUGAUGGGGAAUUGGAUUAGGGAAAACAAUAAAAUUUUUCCUUCACUACCAAAUAUGUGACAAAUUCGGCUAAGAAACAUGAUGUGAAUGUUGGAAAUAGCCUUCGCAGUAAACAAUCAAUAAUGAAUUUAAAUAACUGCCAAAGUAACCGACCAGCUUCCAUCAUCUCAGCGUUUGGUUACUUAUCAGGGCCCAUACUCGUAAAGGGCCAUAUCUAUUGCUAGUUUUUACUCAGUAAUUAUUUUCGAAACAAAUAAUUAAAACCUGAAUCAUUGGAUAAUGCAAUUCUGGAACUAUGAUUGCCUUAGCCAUCAUGGUAUAUCAGCCAUUAUACCAUGCUCUCCAAAUAGGGUAACUGUACGCGUCUGUUCAAAAUUAAAAACAAGCUGAAAAUCGGUUGUUUUUCCAAUAAAGUCGCACUUGUUGGAUAUGAGAUAAUUAUGGCCAACGAGGCGCGUAGCACAUCCAACGCGCACUCGUGGAAUAAUUGUUAAAAGAUCCUACGUAACGUCUACUAUCACUGAUACUCAGUUACCUCUUCUUCCUCUUUUAGCUGGUCUUAAAGCAAAUGGUGUGACUCCCAUGAAGGACGGCUUGUUGACAGCACUGAAAGAAAUAGUGACCAACGGUAAGACGCCGCUGUCCGCGUUUUACUGAUAGAACGAUUUCCUGACGUCAGUUUUUGGCUGCCCUUCGAUGAAAGCUUUGUAAGAUUUUAAUGGACCUGAAUUUCUUUAGCCCUACGCAUACCUUGCCUACGUUGUAGACGCUCUAAACCUUCUGUAUACAAAUGAUUUAGACGAGUACGUGGGCCGGCUGCAAGGCAGGCUACACAUACCAGUCGUCCAAAUAUUGCCUGAGGUGUAGCUUUUGACGAUCUACGCGUUAUAUCUGAAUUGCUGUCGCGGGGUGGGGCACAUUUCAUAUUUUGCAUUGUCAGCCAUCCCAUUCAUGCAUUUAAUACUUUGUAUCAGUAAAUACGCAAUCUAAUUACACAAGAACCGAUGCUGUUUACAUUCAACCUUUAAUGCACUCACACAUUUUCAAUGAGUAUUAAAGAGCUCAUAACGGCCAUGAACGGCAUUAAUUGGAUAAACAACGCUUUAUUUUACCAGCUCUAAUUGUUUCCUUCAAAUUUUAGGGGGUGUGGUUAAUGUAAACGGAAGAAAACUCUGCCCACGUAUUAUCCUUAUGACUGAUGGAAAACCUACGGAUGAAAAUGGACGCGACACGGAACAAGUAAGGCUAUGAUUUCUCUGUCAGUUAAAAUAAUCUAACGCUUGCCAAUUAGUAUUUUUUUAAACCAGCGGAAAUCGUAAGAGAAUGAUAAAAUUCAAAACUUAAACUUCAAAUGAUCGUCAAGUCAACACGUCUGAAAGCAAUGCAACCUUGUGUUCAAGAAAUCCUGAAAGAGGGGAACAGUCCGGAUCCAAGAAGAACAGAAACGUAAUGAAAAGGUGUGACAGAAUAAAUGCGCAAGGAGGUACUGUUUAAGUCGAAGGGGGCAGAGGAGUUAUGUGUGACCUUGAUUCCGGUAAAUUUUACAGUUGGUAGGGCGAACCGCCUUCACCGUUUAAUGUAGAUUCGAUUGUUAACUUGACCGAUUAAAUCGGACAUGCGAUCUUGCUACAAAUCAUGGUAAUUAUCCAAAAUUUUAUCCAAUGCUCCAGCUUAGUAGGAACGAACGACUCGCCCUACAGGCGACACAUUCGAAAAGCAAAGCUUUCCUAGCGAGGCAUCAAAGGUGAUUCGCGUUUUCAGCUGCAACCUUUAACUGGAAUCAAGGCCACAAGUAACGUCUCUGCGUCCCGCGUUAAAGUUUUAUGACUGCACCUCUUAACUGAAAACAAGAAAAAAGAAUAGAAAAAGCCACGCGCUGAUGUAAUAUUCACCAGUCGACUGGCUACGUUCGCCUGUUUUUAUUUGUACUCAGCUAGAGAAGGAGGUGGGAAGUUUAGAUUUUUCUGGAUUGUUUUCACAGGCCUUGAAAGAAGUGUUAGUCGCUGCAGUACUUUUUGGAGCUCGCUGGCAAGAAGUGGGCCUUCCACAUAAGAUUCCAAUUGCUUGUGUUGGAUGUGGCAAAGCAGACAAGGUAAGGACAAUUUUGUUCGUCUUUUCGAAUUCGACUGAGACUAUGAUGAAGCUGUAAAAGAUCUAAAAUUAUAAUUGUUCUAACGUUCUCCUUAACCAGUUUAAACCCAUAGUUGCAUUUUGCUUGAAAACUAGUUUUAAUUCAUGGCUCAACAAAUAAAGAUACUAGCCGGUCUUUGUUGAAAGAUUUCCUGGUAAUGCACAAAAUGACCGACAUCUGCUUUCCUGGAAUCAGUUAUAGAUUAAUUCUACAACUGACCACCUUAUAUUUUCGCGUAACAAAUCAAAAUCGUUAGCAAUUACCCUGGCUGUAAGGAAAGACUAGUGAUCAUCUUCGUCAAUUUUUUUCUGCAAGCUGGAGUAUUAGAAAGUAUUAAAAUUAAUGAAUUGAUCUUUUUAAUUAACCAUUAAUUUGGAGUUUUUCGUUGCUUUUUUACCACGCGUAUAUUGAAAUAAUCGAAAACUCCCGCUAAGACAUAUAUAAAAUAACGCGGCUACUGUCCCAUUAAACUUUCAAUUUUGCCUUCCUUAUGAAAGAAACUUCUUGAAAGCAUUGCUCAAGUGACUGGAGGGAUGUACGUGAUGGUUCAAGACAUGCAAGAGCUUAGUACAUUCUUCAAGAGGCAGGUGCUAUUGUCGCGUUUCAUCGCUAAAUUUGCUCACGGUGAGUGAAAACAAGUUAUCCGCGUUUCCAGUUAUCAUAUUAGCCCUGGAUACGACGUUCGUAUUGAUUUUCUACAGCUUUUUUGAGAUUUACGUACAGUUGUGAAAGAAGUAAACUGAGGGGCUCUUAAAUUCAAAUUGUUUUGGCUUUUGUUUUAGAGAUGUCCGUUUUACACUAACAUACGGUAGACACUUCUUCUGUAAUGCGAUUAGUCGUUGAACCUUGCCCAUUUAAUUUUGGGGGCUUUCAUUUACUAAGGGUAGGCAAAAUUGUGGGGAAAGGUAUAGCGGGAUAUUUUGGGAAGCCUUGUUAGUCGUGUUCAUAAAUUUUUCUGGUAAGAAAAAAUGUGAGGAAAGUUAAGCAAGGAGUUUGUGAUUGCUAUUGCUUGCAGAGGAAGAGAGUUAGGAAUUUCAUGCAGACAUAACAAUGGCGUUUGACUAACUUUAAUUCGUUCUAAUUGGUUCGUUUAAUAAGACGAUCAAGAGAGAGAUGGUAUGCAAGUUCGCCGUACUAAACAAACUGGGGUAAACAAACGAGUAUUUUUCACGCCGCGAAAGACUGGAACAGCCUUCCAAAUGAUUUAAAAGACUGUAAUAUUUUAUCUAUUUUUAAAUCCAAGUUAAAAACUUUUUUAAAAGAUCUCAGCUAAUUUUAAACCUUGAUAUUUUUUGUAUAAUCGAUUUUAAGAUUUUAAAUUUUUAAAUUUGUUUUACUUGUAAACAUAUUUUACUUUUUCGUAAUAAUUAAUUAAUUAGUUAGAUUAAUGCAUGAGGGCCCCACUGAAAACCGCCCUGGCGAGUUGAGCUCCCUCUAUAAAUAUUAUUAUUAUUAUUAUUAUUAUUAUUAUUACUAUUUUUACUACAACAAAGUGCGUUAGUCCAAUAAGUAGAAAUAUGGCGAUAAUAAAGGCUUUAUUGUCGAGUUUUGGCUCGUCAUCAGAACGAAUAAUUCACCCGUUCCUCACUUCCAGCUCUAUUACAGUUAGCUCAUAUUUACUUCCUUUUUUUCGUUCCAUCAGAUUUGGCCCAGCUCCAUUCUUUGAUUGCUUUGCAACAAUUUAUGAGAGGACUUGGCGAGGAAAUGAAUGAAACUGAACUGGUAGGGAAAAAUAUUCAUGACUGGUUCAUCAAGGGGUCGGGUAGAGGGGACCUUCCCCCUUUUCUGUGAUAUUUUCUAUAAAUUUCAGUAAAAUAAAAAGUAUCCAUAAAGCUGAUAAGUAAAAAACUGAAAUAUUGUGCAAAAAAACACUAGCCUCAGUCGCUUUUAGCUAAGACACUAACAAGGUAAUAAAAUCUUUUCGCUGUUAGCAAAAGCCCAUCGGGAUAAUAAAUUCAUCUUCCGCACCGUACAAACACCAUCCCUCGACGGAUGCCCAAGUCUCCCACUAGCUACUCCGAUACGUUGUUAGGGCUUUGUCACGCGUUCCUUCCCUACGAACGUUCUCCGUUAGGAGAUGACUGCGUGACGACCUGAAAGAACGUCUGCUUGGGAGACUACGGACACUUCCAAGGCUAUGAUUUGAUAAUGGUUAGACGUUUGUGAUUGGUUUUCCGGUAAAUGUUCAAAGCACAGGUUUAAGCUAGCAAUAGUGUUGUUUGCUGGUCAAUCCCUAACACCAGUAGAAGACUCUUACCAUUUUAAUAUUCAAGAAGCACUGGUGAAAAUACCUACUGUUACAGCUACCGUGUUUUGAGGCCGAUUAUCCACCAGUAAUUUCACCUAAGAAACUUACUUUGAAUUCUACGGUGGUGGAAAUACAUUUGGUAAGUUGAAUAGCAAGUCUGAAACGGUACAGGUAAAUUUUAGUGUCAUUUUGUCAAUAGACAUUACUUCCUCUCAACGUUUGUUCCCACAGCGUCCUCUGAUGGCCUUACUUUUGGCAAUGAUUGUAGCGGACGACGAUAGUGAUGAUAACUCUGGGGUGAGUUACAAUGAACUUUUGGUGAUCUUAACUGAGUGAUUGAAAGAGUAUCCAGGCAGGGGGCGUUUUUGUACCCACGUUAGCUCAAAAUUUAAAAGCUCAUUUAGUACUUUUAAAGUGUUUUUAAUUAGAUUAGAUUGAAUGUCUUUAAUACUGGUUUUUGGCACAAUGAUAAUCCGAGAUGUCGUACCCAAAAUGGCGCGCACUUCGAUUUUAGACCCAAUUUUGCAUAGCAUGUAAUGAGAUCACGUGACGUUACUUGUCUAAAGAGACACCGACGAUAACCCCCCAAGAUUCAGUUUUGCUUCUUAUUUCUAAACAAGGGUAACAGAAACUUGCAAACCAUAUCAUGUGAAAUUCGAUUACAUUUCAUUUUGUAAAAUCUGCAGUAAAAUCUGCAGCUUGAAAAGAAACCUCCUAAAAAACUUCGUACAUGUACUUUUAACUCUGAUUCCAUUACCUACCUAAUGGGAUUUGACCAGUUUUAUACCAAUUUCUGUUACGUCAAUUUUUUUUUUACCACUAACCUAUCGUUGAAGACUCAAGUAAGAUAGAAAAAGGACUAAAAAUGAAGAUCAUUUCCAACACUGUUAUGAAUUAAUAUCACAAUUCUAAUCGCUUCUUUCUUCGACUUAUCUACAAUUAUUAUCCAAAUCCACAAUCGGGUUUGUCUCUCUCUCCUCCGCAGAGGCUGGCUUCCACUGCAGACCGGUAUCCCAAUAAAAAAAGCAAUGAUCGAAAAAUAGCAAGCGCCCUAGGGAAGAUGGGAAGAGGGAAAAGAUGGGAGUCUCUCUUUCUCUCUUUCCCCUUCCCAUCGUCCCACGCGCGCUUUCUUUUUUCCCUCUCCCCGGUCCCCUUACAACACAAAGUGGCCUCUGGGGAGGAGACAGGGCUUGUCUAAUUUGUUCUUCCUUCCCAUUGAAUAGAAUUACCCAAAACCCCCUCCGGUGGGUACGCGUGUACGCAGGGGACCCGACUGGAAAUGGGGAGAUCAGGACAAGCAUGGACCUGGCACCAUUAUUAAAAACGACAGUACACCCGGUCAGUGGUGAUGCUAUGUUAUUAUGUGCGUAAGAGUUGGUGUGUUUUGUCAUUGAUUGAUGAAUUAAUUUUGAUCGUCAUUGUUGAUGUCAUCAUCACCAACAUUUUACUGUUAUGUCCGUCUGCGAAGCCGCCAUGACUCGAGGUAUUUAAAAAAUAAAAUUGUCCAAAACCCAACUGUGUUUGUCUUGGACAUAUGGCCUUGACAACUAUUGAAUUCACUCGGGGGAGUUUUUUUUUAUUAAUUAACUACAUAGUUCGCUGUUUGCCAUGUUUUUUUUUUAGAACAAGUUUUAAAUAAAAUUAAAUUUGAAUUUGCUCUGCACAAAGUGAUCUAGUUUAGGGUAGUCAUUUGCGAACCUGUAUUGGUUAUGUCAGAGAGACCGUGAUCCUCUCCCCUUGCCUGUAAAUGGCUUACAUUCUUUGGUUAAUUUCAGGGUGGGUGGAUGUCCAGUGGGAUUCAGACACCAAAAAUUCCUACCGCUAUGGAAAAGAAUCUGCAUAUGACAUUAAGGUGAGACAGACAAAAUAUCCCUUCUUAGACCUGAAGCGACACACCGAGACAUAGGGAGCGAGGAACCGAACCUCGCAAGGCGUUGACGAAGUUUGCUCGACAGACUAAGAAAGCGAGGGGGGGUGGGUGGCUCCUAGUCAACCCGAUUACUGCCAUUUUUUUUUUUAUCACUAGCGAAGUCGUUUGCGGAGGAGGGAAAAAUAUCAGGAAGAAGACAGCAACCGGAUGACUAUAACACAAUCAAACUGCCGCGACGUUGACAAACACAACCGCCCGAAGUAAUUGCUAGAAAUCUGUUACAUGUGAGUUGCGAUUCAUCUUGCAGGGAGAAAGAAAUAGAGCGAGACAAUUUUUGAAAUUAUUCGGUGGAUUUGACAUUAUUGAACGUUUUAGGUUGUUGAUGAAAACAGACGCGUGAUCAUAGAUCUUGAGGGAAUUCAAGUUGGCUGUCGUGUUAUCAGAGGUUUGAAUUUUUGAGCAACUUAAUUACCCAAGGUGAAACCCUUAGUUAUUACCAAAACCUGUCCUGUACGUAUAAGCGAGACACGGGUUAGAUAUCUUGCAGUGUAGAGCAUUAAUCACAAGGACAAAUCUAGGGCCAAAAGGACACCAGGGAUGCCCGGGUACCCUCGGCUUAAUUUAUGGACCAAAACCAAAGUAAUUCAUUUCGGUUAGACAGCACCCGAGAUUUCCUCCUUAACUAGAGGUCCGGCGGAUCCGCCAGUGAUUAAGAUGCAACUAUAAACAAUCAGUGGUAGCCUAUUGUUUUUGGUAUUUUAGGACCAGACUGGAAAUGGGGAAACCAAGAUGGCGGCUCCGGAAAUAUUGGGCGCGUCUUCGCCGUCCGAGGUGGUGUUGUAGAGGUAAUUAAAUUUUAUCUUCAUUUGCCAGUGUUUUAACACGCACAUAAGCAACCAACACAUGAGAUCCUCUUCCCCGUGAAAAAAAAAAACAUUCUCUUUUUGACGUGCUUUGUAAGGUUUUCCUUCAAAGCGCAACCGCGGAUUCCCGAACCAACGUUUCGAAGAGGGUGGAGCAGAGGAAGAGGACACAACUGUUUAUGUCUCAAGGGAAAAUAGAGGGUUUGUAGGUUCAAGUGUCUUGUUCUUCACUGGUGGAUUUUCUCGACCAACUGUGCUCUUUUGACAGAAUUUGCCGGAAAAAGUGAAGUUCCGGCACAAAAUCUGCGUGUCUCUCAUGACAGCCUUCACUAGCAGCGGUACUAUCACUAUCUUUGAACCAUAUUCAGUACAAAUAAUUGAAAUUUUUAUUACCUCUUUUAAUUCUUCAAAUUUCAAUUGAGGUUGCUAAGUAACUAUCGAUGUCUGGAGAGUUAAAGGAAUUUUGCACAGAAACUUAACAUAUAAAGGUAUAAUAGUUCAGUGUUCCAAAGAAACUUUGUCCCGCAAAUAAGGUGACAGUUGAAACGAGUUGAAACGCGUGGUUUGCAGAAAAGUAGUAGUUCAGAAGUAAGAAAAAUGAUUUCGUGAAAUCAUAACUGAACGUAGUAGUUCAAGGCGCUUUGUCCCGCAAAUAAGGUAAGAAAGAUGAUUUUCAGAAGUAAGAAAAAUGAUUUCGUGAAAUCAUAACUGAACGAUGUAUAAGCUCGAGACUCACUAUUCCUAAGGCGCUUUGUAGGUUACCCUUUAUUUUUUCUCGUAGGUCCGCUGGCCCAAUGGACAUGAAAACACUUAUCGUUAUGGUGCCGAAGGAUCUCGUGACGUAAGGGUUCAUCCGGCGGUAAGUCGUACUCGGAAAUGUGCAUACUAUGAGUUGGACUCGAAGCCUGAAUUUAUACUGUUUUCAGGUUUUCUUCAGCAAUGAUUCUUACAAUCGCGUGCCGAAAAUUUAAUACGAUCAACUUAUUCUGGGCUUUCUUUUUUCUUCUCGCGUACCAAUCUCUAAAGUCGCUUGAAUAUUGAUUGGGAUACACAGACAACUGAAACGCCAUUAUCUUAUACAGGUGAGGUUCUCUAACUAUAUUCUUUUUCUUUUUAAUUCAGGACGUUGUGUCGAUGCCCUCUCUUAGCCGUCAACAAAUCCGAACGCAGCAAUCUAAUGAAGUGUGUCUUGUGAUGUAAAGCCGGGCUUCGGAACUCGCCAUUAAAAGUCCGACAAAACAUAUAAUACACUGAACUAGGAAAUAAGCAUUAUCAAGAGAGAAUACUUCAACUAGUAGUGAAAUCCCUACUCUUUCAUGUACCUGAAACAUGAAAAAGGAUUAAAAAGGUACCACUUUCGGGCGGAGCCUCCCCGUAUAGGCCAUUAUAGAGAGUGAUCCCUCAGCUAGUUAGUCUCCCUCGCAGUCGUUUUUUGAUGUCACGUAACGCUCCCCC